AUGGCCCGUCUACAAAUCCUAGCUUCAACAACUGUCCCCGUCUUUACCUUCUCCGACGUUAGGCCAUUCCUCCUUCCAGUAUCCUUACAACUCAACACCAACGUCAUGCGUAGAGAGGUCAAUCCUCGUGGGAUGACCAACGCCGUCUUCGGUGUGCUCGACAUUCUCAUGGACAACGCGCCCAUGCCCUCCGCUGUUGGCAUCCCUUCGCUGCGGUACAAGUGCUCACUUUGCGACCAGCAUCGGCACAUGCUCCGUCUGAAUGAGAGCCAGAUGGACCAUGUGCCCGCGGUAUACUCGGGUGGGCUCGCCGCACUUGUGCCGCUCCCGUGUAUGAGUGCGCUUGCGAAACGCCUCGAGUUCCCACCCGGAGCUCCCGAUAGCGACAGUGGUGCGAGGCUAGGAGAGAGCAGACAUAUAUCGUGUUUGUUAUUAUCUACUUUGAUCUGUUCCCGCAAUUUAGCUGCGCGAAAGGAGCUUCGACUUGCAGCUUCCCUCGCCGCGGCGCUCAAGAACACCGCAUGCUUUGCCACGCAUUUGAUGCAAAUAACUCGGGUGAUGAGUCGGAUUGAUGACGGCUUCCGUACCUCUGCGCCGGCUGCUACGAAGAGCCUCAGGUGGUGGGCGGUUCAGGGGGUUUGA